CUUCAGCGAAUUUGUUUGCGCUCUGCCCAGUUUAUCAUCAGUAUAUCAAAAAUGGCCCUUCAGUCCCUUCGUGGUCGUUCUGCCUUCUCCAGCGGCCGGGCUGCACCCAAGGCAUUCGCUCGCGUCCAGCGCACUUGCCGGGCCGCGAGCGUGGUUGCUUCGGCGACCGCGGUGAAGGCGCCAUCGCUGCCCUACCGCGUUGGGCACGGCUUUGACCUGCACCGCCUGGCGGAGGGGUACAAGCUCAUUAUUGGCGGUAUCGACAUCCCCCACACCAAGGGCUGCGAGGCCCACUCCGAUGGCGACGUGCUGCUGCACACCGUGACGGACGCUAUCCUCGGCGCUCUGUGCCUCCCAGACAUCGGCCAGCUGUUCCCAGACACGGACCCCAAGUGGAAGGGCGCCCGCUCGGACAUCUUCCUUAAGGAGGCGGUCCGGCUGAUGGAUGAGAAGGGUUACGUGCUGGGGAACCUGGACUGCACCAUCAUCGCGCAGAAGCCCAAGCUGUCGCCCCACAAGGAGAACAUCCGCAACAACCUGAGUGCCAUCCUGGGCGCUGACCCCUCCGUUGUCAACAUCAAGGCCAAGACGCACGAGAAGGUGGAUAGCCUGGGCGAGGAGCGCUCCAUCGGCUGCCACGCCGUGGUGAUGCUUAUCCGCAAGGACAUUGCUUAGGCAGCUUGGGAGUUGGGACGCUCUUUGAUAUGUGCUUGAUUGGUAUUGUACGUGCGUUGGAGGCGCUGCUUUGUUGCUGGAGCAGCUGGAAUUGAGUUUCGGACCGCGUUUCAGUCAUAGCGUGCCCUGUCAACGUUCGAAUGAUUGCGCAGGACUGCUAUGGCAGGCAGCGGAAUAAUAGGCCGGGUUGUGCAUGCCUCGGAAUGCGCCAUGUAUGAGUCUGGAUACGAAUGUGCUGUUGGGGGGUUGUGAGGGCUGGUUGGGCAUGGGGCACGGUGGAAUCCCAUGUGAGCAGAAGUUCUUGCGGCUGGUGGCCGGCCAUGGCGCCCCCAAACUUUGAGGGCAGUCUGUGAAGUUAAACCCCUUGCGCCAGCCUUCUGUCAUUCUGUGUCUUGUUGCUCUGUUUAGGGAAAAACACUGAGUCACGGA